UACGGACCAAUAAUACAGGUAACUGUCAUUCGCUUUUUACAUCCUGGUAACACUGAGCUGAAAAAGAAAUAGUUGAAUAUCAAGUCGUAACGGCGGCGCGAGAAGAAUAAGUGAGGAAAAGAAAAGGUAAUACUUAUAGGAGAGGCAAGGAGACCUGAUGGAAACAGGUGCAGACUGCUUAUGGUAUGAGCAGUGUACAGAGCCAGCUACUCUUGGUGAGUUUCCCUUUUAAUAGUCAUUAUCGCUGGUGUGACGGUAAUGUUGAGAUGGCAAGCUUUCAUAAGACUUAUGUACAGUUUAGUUCCUGGCCUAAAGUAUCUGGCCAGAGGCAUCAUGUAUAGGGCUGUCAGGCAGCUGGCGUCAAGCUUAGCGUAAGGCCCGAAGCCAUGACUGAGAGUAAUGAGAGGGUAACCUAUAGAGGAGCAUGGUGUGUCUAUGGAGGAAGAGGCGAGCUAUUUGGGGAUGGUUGGAGGCCCGUCAGGGAACAAGAGGUUCCCGCCACCAUGCUCAUAGUAUGUAUGGGUCUUGCCAGGCCGAGGCAGAGUGUCAGGCAAGACCAAGAGAGGUUACCCGAGGAGGACUGAGAGAGUACAUGUCCUCCGUCACCAGAGUGUGUAUCUGGUUAUCAGUAAGAGAGAGAGAAAUGAUGCAAUGGUUGUAGUAGAGACUAAUAAGAUAAUAAUUAAUAGGCAAGCUUGCUUUCUCGGGUUACUAUCAUACUAUAAUUAUUGUGUGUUCUUAUGUCGCUAUAAAUAUGUAUAUGAAUAUUACAUUUGAUAUUAAAUCUAUUAGCUCCGCGACAUAAUUUGGUGGAGUUGCUAAAGAAUUGAAAUCCAUCACAAGCAGAUGAAAGAAAAGAGCUGAAGUCUGUGCGGGGUGGAGGAGUUGUGGGGUGUAUGGGGCCCAAUGCAUUCCGCAGCUCUUCUAUUUCUGAACAGGCUCUAAUGAUUAAUUAUUUAUUGACAAGCCGAAAUGUAUAUAGAUACAUUUUUUUUUUUCGGUUGGGUAGUCUCUCUGUAGAGUAUUGUGAGAGCAUGAGAUUGGUAACCAUUGCAUAUGGAAUUAGAGUCCAGAAUUUUGUUGCAUGAACAGUGCAACUACUGAAGCCGAAUAUUGGCAUGGUUAUUAUAUUAUGGCAUUAAAAGUAAUUUACUGUUUAUACCUGAAAUAAACAUUCAACCUCUAUUUAUUUAUUUCGCAUUUAAAUUUAUUCCGGUCUUUAUCGAUUUAAUUGAUUUAUGUGCGUCAUCGAUUCAUUCGAUUUAUGUACUCAACAUGAUUAAGAUGUUGAGAGACGAAAAUAUAGCCGUCGCUGUAGUCAGAGUGAGACAGCGAUAUGUUUUAAGUUGUUACGUUCGGGAAUCGAUUUUAUUCGAUUGUUCAUUUGAACGAAUAUUUUUAUAAGUUAACAUUUUUUAUGAAUACUAUGUAUACUUAAUAAAGAAUUUAAACGAUAUUGUGGUUUUAUUAGCGUGUUUUUGUUUUAUUAUUAUUAUGUUUUGCAUCUACGUUAAUUAUUUAAUAAGUUGGUUUUGGUCCGAUGACAAUUCCGUCUGUGGCCAAAAACCUAGAUGCCACUGUGCGUAUUGAAGUGGUUGCGAAAAAGAAUAAAAAGUUUGUCUUGUCUUGUCGUGUUUGGAAAAUAUUUAGCAAGUGCAUAAUGGCGUGAGAUUUGUGUUUUUAUAAGUUAUUCAUUUAAAAGAAAGUGAAUGCUGAAGAGGAUACGACUGUUGAGGUAGCAAGAUGGAAGAAAUUCUUUCUACAGCGUUGCGCUCCCGCGUAGAAAGACUGAAAGAAACUGUAAAAAUAACGGUAGAUUUACUGAACAAAGUCGAAACAGGAGUAGGAGUACAACAACAAGAAUUAGUUGUAAAUAAGAUCGAUCUAAAGAGUAAAUUAACUCAAUUUCAAAUCCAAUUGGACAAAUACAUAAAUCACGUGACGAACCCACAGAAAGAAUUUUAUCAAGAAUGUGACGAACUACAAAUUCAAGCAGAGGACGCUUUAACGAAGAUGGAAAUAGUGCUCAAAAUUUAUUCCGAAGAGAACAACACCCAAAAUAAAACUAAACUACCUAAAUUAGACUUGAUUAAAUUCAAUGGCGACAUUUUGAAAUGGAACUCGUUUUGGGACAGAUUCGUGGCCAACGUAGAGAAUAAAAAUAUAGCGGACGUGGAGAAGUUAUCAUAUUUAGUAGGUUCUUUAGAGGGUCCGGCACUCCAAGCAAUUGAAGGCUUGGAGACGACUAACCAGAAUUAUGAGGUCGCAACUUUAAUUCUUAAAAAUAGGUUUGGGAAGAAAAAUAACGUAAUAGAUGCUCACAACAAAGCCUUAUUAAAUCUGGAACGAGCCCAAUCUACUACUGAGUGCCGAAAAAUAUUAAAUAACAUAGAUACUCACCUACGGGUAUUAUCUGCAUACGGAGAAAACACCGAAGCAAGCUAUUUGCGAGGGAUUAUAUUAGAUAAGUUUCCAGAAACGGUAUUGUAUCAGGUUAAAAUUUUAAUUUCGGAAGAAGAAAGUACAGACAACAUAAAGAAAGCACUAGAUAAGGUCAUAACGGCCAUGGAAAGAAUAAAUAUACAAACACCACAAACGUUACAAACAUCAACGUCCGGAUCUACAUCAACAGCUGCUUCAACGUCUGGAUCUAUACCAACAGCUGAUUCAACGUCAGGAUCUACAUCAACCCUACUUAAAGUUACAAGAGAAAGACCAGCAAAACGCAAGAGGCUGUUUGACAGAACUAACACAUUUAAGUCUAAACGGCCAAAAAUUUCAUGCAUUUUCUGUGGCAAAGCAGGACAUUACAAUGAUGAUUGUAAUGAAUAUAAAACAAUCAAAGAAAGGAUAAGUAGACUGCAACAAAGGUGCUUCUUAUGUUUCAAGAAUGGCCAUAGAGCCUCUAAAUGCUUCAGUAAAAGGAAGUGUCAUCACUGUAAUAAAUUACACAACAGAGCUUUGUGCCCGCAGAAAACUAUGAAAGACUGCAGUAACACAGAUAGCAAGCCAGCACAACAAACACCUGACAUGUAGAUUACUUAUGGAUUGUGGGAGUAUGAGGUCAUAUAUCUCAGACAAAUUGGCAAAAGACCUUGAAAUCAAAAAGAACAAUGAAGUUGAUUUAAUUGUCUAUACAUUUGGAUCUAAUAAACCUUACACAAUUAAAAGUUCAUCAGCGGAGGUAACUGUUCUAACAAAGAGACAAAUUGAGAAGAAAAUAAAAGUAAAUAUUGUACCACAUAUAACAGAUCACGUCCCAGUUGCCAAAAUUAAUCAUCCUAAAAUAGAUAUAAGUGCGGACGAUGAAUCGGUCGGUCAAAGAGUUGACUUGUUGAUCGGUAACGACAUGUAUUUUUCGUUCCUCAGAAAAGACCUUAUAAAAAUAAAAGAAGACUUAUAUCUGAUCGACUCAGAUUUUGGUUGGCUGACUGGAGGCUUCGACAGGGCUUUCAAUAAUAAAAAUGAAGAUGUGUUGUCAGUCGUGACAUAUUGUAGUUGUCAUGAUUCUAACUGUCCAUAUUUCUCCGAGCCAGAUCUUCCCCUCCGUAAUAUUGAUGUUAAGUUCUUAUGGGCGCUUGAGAGUAUUGGCAUCACGGACUCACCGAAGACAACAAAGGAAGAAGAAGCAGUUCACCAUUUUAACGAAAAUGUCAAGUACCAAGAAGGAAGAUAUCAAGUUAAGUGGCCGUGGAUACAAUAUCCUCCGGAAUUGCCCACAAAUUACGGACUCGCGCUUGGAAGGUUGAAAAGCUUAAUAAAACGUUCUGAUGAAGAAACUCUCGACAACUAUAAAGAAAUCCUAAAAGAACAGUUAGAAGCUAAGGUGAUUGAGAUAGUCCAGCCUUCACCUUUUCACGAACUGACACAUCCAGUUCAUUUCUUGCCUCAUCAUAUUGUAAAUCAAAAGGGAAAGAGAGGGCGUAUAGUGUAUGACGCGUCAUCAAAAAUUAAGAAUGAAAAAAGCCUUAAUGAAUGUCUGUAUGGUGGCCCAUCUAUGUUGGAAGAUCUUACGGGACUAAUCUUCAAUUUCAGAACAGGAAAGAUAGGCAUAACAGCUGAUGUGGAACGAGCUUUCCUCCAAGUGGGACUUCAAACAGAAGAUAGAGACGUUACCAGAUUUCUUUGGGUGAAAGAUCCCUCGAAGGAAGUAACAGAAGACAAUAUAGUACAGUAUCGUUUUUGUCGUGUCCCAUUUGGAAUUAUAUCCAGUCCUUUUUUAUUGACAGCGACCAUCAGACAUCAUAUUUCAAAGACAGAAAAUUCCCUACUAUCAAAAAUAGCAGACAGAUGUUAUGUGGAUAAUUUGGUAACGUCAGCUGGUUCCAACAAGGAAGCUCUACAACUGUACAAGGAUACAAACCGCGUAUUCCAGGAACUAGGUAUGAAUAUUAGAGACUGGAUGUCUAAUGACAAAGACUUUAUUGAGCAAAUUCCUUUAACUCAGAGAGAAAAACGGACAGAUAAGAUGAAGAUUCUCGGCUUAUUAUGGAAUAUAAAGAAUGACACCCUACAACUCAAUAUAGAUCCAGAAGUUUUUAUCACUGAGUCAAGAGGAAUCACGAAGAAAGGAGUGCUCAAAGUAUUAGCACGUUUAUAUGACCCCUGUGGUUUUGCAUCACCUUUAAUACUUCCUGGAAAGUUAUUAUUCCAGGAACUCUGCAAAAGAAAACUGAAAUGGGAAGAUACACUGCCUGAUGAUAUGCAGACGUUAUGGGAAAACAUAGUUAAAAACCUAGCUGCUAUAAAAGACAUAGAAGUUCAAAGAUACGUCGGAGAUACAUGCGAACAAACAGGAAAGAUCAUACGAUAUGAACUACAUGGUUUUACAGAUGCGUCUAUGAAUUCAUAUGCAGCGAUUGUAUAUUUGAGACUUAUAGGCGAAGACAAAACAGCAGUCACUUUCCUGAUGUCUAAGACGAGGAUCACACCAAUAGAAGACAAAAAUGAUUUGAAAAUCCCAAGACUUGAGUUGUUAUCCUUCUUGAUUGGUAGCAGGUUAAUGAAAUAUAUACAUGAUCAUAUAGAUAUAAAACUUUCAAGGUUGUAUCUAUGGUCUGACAGCCAAGUUGUCUUGGCAUGGAUGAAGACAAGCAAAUUACUGCCUCCAUUUGUAGCAAGACGCGUUAAUGAAAUAAAACAAACCAGCCAUACCCUGGGUAUAGAACUACGAUAUGUGGAUACAAAAAAUAACCCGGCAGAUAUAGCAACUAGACCAGAAUUAUGGCAAAAGAAACAAGAGUUAUGGUUUUAUGGACCAAAAUUCCUUACCAAACAUGAAAAUCAUUGGCCUAAUGACACACAAACUAAUAAAGAGCUUUGCUUGGUUGGGAGGGCUCUAGAGAUAGUUGAUGGUCCAGAGAUGACUUCGAAGGGUUAUGAAAGUGAAGAAUUAGCCCUCACAACAGAAGAGCAAGGACUCGUCGAGGAAUUGAAUGAGGAACCUUCAAAUAUUGAUAAUACACCUGGAAAUGAUAUCACUACAGACAACAUUAAGAGGAUUCAGAAAGAAUACCUUCCAAACGAAGUCAUGGGAAAAAGAACUAAUCUGUCGUUAGAUUUAGGAAUAUUCCGCGACGUAGAUGGAGUAUUGAGGAGCAAAGGACGUUUUGGGAAAGCAAAUUUGCCAUAUGAUAAGAAGUAUCCAAUAGUGAUCCCAAAACAAUCCCCUUUGGCAACCCAGAUUAUUAAAAGGACACAUGAAGAAAAUUAUCAUGUAGGUGUGCCCCACACCUUGAGUAUUAUAAGAGAAAAAUAUUGGAUUCCCCAGGGACGUGCUCAAGUUCAGAAAGUUAUUAGAAGGUGCCCACAAUGCGUGAAGUAUGGUGGAGGCCCUUUUCAGUUACCACCAGCACCGGAGCUACCAAGUGCAAGAGUAAAUUAUAGCUCACCUUUCCAUUUUACCGGCUUAGACUAUCUAGGACCUGUCCUAGUAGAUACAGAUAAAGGAAAAGAAAAAAGGUGGAUAUGUCUAUUAACAUGUUUAGCAGUACGAGCUUUGCAUCUAGAAUUAGUUAAAGACUUAUCAGCGAAGGAGUGCUUACUAGCCAUUAGGAGAUUCACAGCUAUUAGGGGCAUACCGGACACCAUAAUCUCUGAUAACGCACUCCAAUUCAAACUGACCAGUGAAGUCCUGUCGUCAGAGUACUGUAUGAAUAAAGGUAUUAAAUGGAAAUUUAUAGCUCAGCUGGCACCUUGGCAGGGAGGCUUUUAUGAACGACUAGUAGCCUUAGUUAAGCACUGCUUGAAACGCACGUUGGACAAACAUCUGUUGACUGAGAACCAGAUGACAACGGUCCUUAAAGAGGUGGAAUCGGUGCUUAACACUAGACCGUUGACUGCAGUAGGUGCAGAGCCAGAAGAAGUACUGAAGCCAGCCGACUUCUUGACCCUUGGACAGUGCUUAGAUUUAAACACAGAUUUACAGACAAAUCAACAACUGACAAAUACAAAGGUUGACCUAGUGCAAAGUUGGAGAAGAGGUCAAAUGAUUCUUGAAGAAUAUAAAAGAAUGUUUAUUAACCAAUAUCUGCCAAGUCUUAGAGAGAGAUCCUUCCACACACACAAACAACCAAGAAUUAAAUCUAAAAAGGUACCUGAAAUAGGAGAUAUAGUUCAAAUCAGAGAUGACUCCAAGAAUAGGACAAAUUGGAAAGUGGGAAAAAUUGUCUCUCUGAUUAAGGGCCAAGAUGGUGUUGUAAGAGUUGCUAGAGUCAAAGUUAAUGAUACGGAAUUCACACGAUCUCUUGGCCACCUGUACCCGUUAGAAGUAGACGAUGUUGAAGAAACAUGUAUACCAAAUAAAGAACUGCCUGAAAUGAUCAAUCAGGAAGAAAAUAGAGUAGUAAGAGUGGAAGAUACUUUAGACGACAGUAAUGUUGAUGAAAUGCCUCAAGUGCCUGUAACGGACACAAGUAGCCCGGAUAUACCUCCGGAUCAGAUAAUUGAUAACAAUAAUCCAGAGACCGUUCCUAGUGAUGAAUCAUUAUCAUUACAAGAAAAUCCACUGACUCCUGUAGAAGAAACUUGCCCUACUCCGACAGACUUUGUUGAAGGUUCAGUAAUCGAAAGUCCUGGUAGAAAUGAGAAGAGAGACGCUGCCAUUAAAGCCAGAGAGAAGAUAGCGGAAUGGACGCGUCACCUGUUAACCGUCUUGUAACAUUUUCUUUGCCGUGGCGAGUGUCGCGAUGAUGCGCGAUACGGACCAAUAAUACAGGUAACUGUCAUUCGCUUUUUACAUCCUGGUAACACUGAGCUGAAAAAGAAAUAGUUGAAUAUCAAGUCGUAACGGCGGCGCGAGAAGAAUAAGUGAGGAAAAGAAAAGGUAAUACUUAUAGGAGAGGCAAGGAGACCUGAUGGAAACAGGUGCAGACUGCUUAUGGUAUGAGCAGUGUACAGAGCCAGCUACUCUUGGUGAGUUUCCCUUUUAAUAGUCAUUAUCGCUGGUGUGACGGUAAUGUUGAGAUGGCAAGCUUUCAUAAGACUUAUGUACAGUUUAGUUCCUGGCCUAAAGUAUCUGGCCAGAGGCAUCAUGUAUAGGGCUGUCAGGCAGCUGGCGUCAAGCUUAGCGUAAGGCCCGAAGCCAUGACUGAGAGUAAUGAGAGGGUAACCUAUAGAGGAGCAUGGUGUGUCUAUGGAGGAAGAGGCGAGCUAUUUGGGGAUGGUUGGAGGCCCGUCAGGGAACAAGAGGUUCCCGCCACCAUGCUCAUAGUAUGUAUGGGUCUUGCCAGGCCGAGGCAGAGUGUCAGGCAAGACCAAGAGAGGUUACCCGAGGAGGACUGAGAGAGUACAUGUCCUCCGUCACCAGAGUGUGUAUCUGGUUAUCAGUAAGAGAGAGAGAAAUGAUGCAAUGGUUGUAGUAGAGACUAAUAAGAUAAUAAUUAAUAGGCAAGCUUGCUUUCUCGGGUUACUAUCAUACUAUAAUUAUUGUGUGUUCUUAUGUCGCUAUAAAUAUGUAUAUGAAUAUUACAUUUGAUAUUAAAUCUAUUAG